AAUGUCCAAGUAGUCAGAGUAUCUUCACAUUUUUGUGUACCAUUGAAAGUCCCGACAGUGGUGCAAAAAGACCCGUGGAUCGGGACUGACCCCGGCUACGUCAUACAGCCCAACCUCCAACCUCCCGCCUGCACCACCUCUCAUCCUCUCCCAUCAUUUCCUCCGCCUCUCACACCACCUCCACAGCCCGAUCACCAACCCAACCAACCAAGAUGAAGCUCCCCACGCUCCUCACCCUCCCCCUCUUGGCCCUCUUGGCCCUCGCCGCCACGCCCGCGCCCGUGCCCAUAGAGCUGCACCUAAUGUCGCAAUGUCCCGACGCCGUCUCCUGCCUCCGCUCACUGAUCACCCCGGCACUCCCCUCCCUGCUCAACAUCUCCACGCUCCGACUGACCUUCAUCGGCACCGCCGCGUCAGGCGGUGGUAUAUCGUGUCCCCACGGGCCUUCAGAAUGUCUCGGCGACAUGCUGCACCUGUGCGGCGCCGCGCUGUCGACGCCGCCCAUGCCCGCGCCCGUCGAGAGGUACUGGGGGUUCACGACGUGUCUCUUUGACGACUAUGGACGAGUAGCAGAGGAGGGGUUUGUCAAGGGGUGCACGGAGAGGGUGAAGGGUGCGGGGUGGGGGUUUGAGGAGCUCAAUGCCUGCGUUAGUGACCUGGGACCAGGGGGCGGGCAGCAGUUGCUGCAUGAGAGUGUGCGCCGCACGCAGGAGACGGGGGUGAAAACGAGUUGUACGGUCAGGGUGGCGGGGAGGACGGUGUGUGUUAGGGAUGGCGGCGUGUGGAAACAGUGUGAGGGCGGGAGUAGGCCCGAGGAUCUAGUCAGGCAGGUGAGGGAGGCGUAUGAGCGGAACGGGAUGGGGAGGAGCGUGAGGGAGCAGGUGCUAAGGGAGGGGGCGGUGGAGGGGAAUAGGUGGAUGGAGUUGUAACUUGUAGGACAUGUCGUGGCCCUGCGAAAUGCAGUAGGAGGUUUCAUGGGCUUCCUGGGGGUUUUCUCGGUUGAUUCUUCAUGGGAUGUUACGCCUUUUUGUCCUGCAAGAUUCAAGUUGUUUCCCUUCUCUUGUCGGUUCUGAGCUUAUUGAUCGUUCAUAUUUUGGCACCACAAUGGCACGCGAUUAAGGUAUGCAUAUUUUCACAUGUAUCUCAUCCUCUCGAUUGUAUCAACCUAGGUAGACACUUUACUGGCUCAAAAUUCUUCACAUAUGGAAUUAUUCCUUAGCAAGUACCGCUGACCGGCAAUCCAACGCAUCUAUUGCCUGUACAGUAAAGCCGUAGCCUGGCCACCCCCUUCCAUUGCAAUGCAAUCCAACGUCCGCCUUCCGAGCUAUCUACGAGAGAGAGAGACAGAUCUUCCUGCUUUAUUUCGCAUGCAGCCUAUCUAGACUAUGGCGC